AUUUAACAUAUUCCAAGAAAACUAAAAAGAAAGAAAGAUGGAAUUUUUUUAAAAAAACAAAAAAAGAAUUUUAUCAAUAAUUGAGAAAUGCGUGCGCAGAAUAAGGCUACGAGGAAGCAAGAGUCAAAAAAAUUGAAAAUUAAAGAGCCCAAAGAAGAACACGUUUUCAUUUGUAUAUUCGGAUUUAAUUUGCCGGCACUGACCUGAUCCUGAUGCGAUGACCUCUUCAAAGAUGAAACUCAUACAAAAUUCUAUUUACAUUCCUCAAUCCACACACAUGCAUGAUCAUCUCUCAUCGCAACCCCAUUUCUUUUUGUGAUUUUCUUUGCUUUUAGUUUUUGAGUCUCAAUUGAACAUGGUUUGGCCUUGGGCUACUUCCAUCUCCUCCAUUUUCUUCAUCCUCCUUUCCUCUUUUCUAAUCCUUCGUUUCUUCCGCAAAACCUCUGUACUUCACAUCCUCAACCGAUGGUGGCUCUCCUUCGAAAACCGCCUCCACCUCUAUCAAUCCUUCAAAAUCCCACUCUACAACCACCAUUCCCAGGAAAACCAACUCUACCGCAAAAUCCUAACCUACCUCGAUUCUCUCCCUUCCGUUCAAGACUCCGAUUUCAUAAACCUCUUCUCCGGCCCCAAUCCCUCCGACAUCUUCCUCCACCUCGACGCCAACCAGACCGUUCACGACACCUUCCUCGGCGCCAAGCUCUCCUGGACCAACCACACCGCCGCCGGAGACUCCGAUUCCGCGCUGGUCCUCCGAAUCAAUAAGAAAGACAAGCGUAGGGUUUUCCGCCAGUACUUCCAGCACAUCCUCUCGGUGGCGGACGAGAUCGAACAGCGGAGGAAGAACGAUAUCAAGCUGUACAUGAAUUCCGCCGCCGGCGAGAGCUCGCGGUGGCGAUCGGUGCCGUUCACGCAUCCGGCGAGCUUCGAGGCGUUGGCAAUGGACGCUGAGCUGAAGAAUAAGGUGAAAUCCGAUCUGGACCAGUUCCUCAAGUCGAAGCAGUACUACCACCGUUUAGGUCGCGUUUGGAAGCGGAGUUACCUCCUCUACGGUGCGUCCGGUACGGGAAAAUCCAGUUUCGUAGCCGCGAUGGCAAAGUUCCUCUGCUACGAUAUCUACGAUAUAGAUAUCUCGAAGUUAACGGACGGCUCUGAUUGGAAGAUGUUGCUGAUGCAAACGACGGCGAAGUCAAUGAUCGUGAUCGAGGACCUCGAUCGGUUGAUCGCGGGAAAAUCAACGGGCGUGAGCAUAUCGAGUGUGUUGAACUUCAUGGAUGGGAUCGUUUCGUGCUGUGGAGAAGAGCGCGUGAUGGUGUUUACGAUGAAUGGUACUAAGGAUGAGGUUGAUGAAGCUGUGUUGAGGCCUGGUAGGGUUGAUGUUCACAUACACUUCCCCUUAUGUGAUUUCUCCACCUUCAAGAUUCUCGCGACUAGUUAUUUGGGUUUGAAGGAGCACAAGCUUUUCCCUCAGGUCGAGGAGGUUUUUCAGACCGGGGCCAGGCUCAGCCCGGCCGAGAUUGGUGAGAUUAUGAUAUCGAACCGGAAUUCCCCCACCCGGGCCUUGAAAACCGUCAUUUCGGCUUUGCAGGUGCAAUCCAACGGCGGGGAUGCGAGGAGAGGAGGGCAGAGGUUGAGCAAUAGCGGGUCGGGUCGGAGCAGCGACGACACAAACGAAUCGGGUGCUGUGAUUUGUCGGGAAAGUGUUCAUACGGUGAGGGAGUUCCGAAAGCUGUAUGGGCUUUUGCGCUUGGGAAGUAGAAAGAAGGAAGAGUCUGUGCAUUCGGGGCCCAUAGAGAAAGAAGUUCCACGGAUCGAGGGUCGGGUCGGGUAAAAUAUGUCCGACUGGAUUUUUUUUCUUGGAUCAAAUUAUGUAAAGUUGCUUGCCAGUUGCCACUAACAAUUAUUUUGCAGUUUUUUUUUUUUUUUAGUCAAGAAUUGUAUUGUUGUAUUUACCACA